CUCCUACAGCCUUGCUCUUUCGCAUAUCUCACCCCCUGGACAGCUACUCUUCUAUCCGAUAGAACCGGAUCCCUCUCAUCGUCUCACCAGGGCAAAUCACAAAGAUGUCUUACAACAAACCCGACAACCCACCCCCCUCCUACCCCUCUCCCGUCCACGACGCCGGACCCUACCACUAUCAACAGCAACAACAGCAAGGCUACCCACCCCCGCAAGGCGGCGCCUCCCAGGACUAUUACAAUCAGAGCGGCUACCCCCCACAGCAAGGCUACGGCCCCCCUCCGCACGGCGGUGGCGGCUACUACCCCCCUCCGCAGGGCUAUCCGGGCUCGCCGCCCCCGCAGCAACAGCAGCCGAUGUACUAUCCGCAACAGCAACCGCCGCCGCCGCAGGGAUACUAUGCGGGCGGGGAUCGGGGCGGCGGGUCGUCCGGUGGGGGCAUGUGUGCGGGCAUCAUGGCGGCGUUGGCGUGUUGUUGUUGUUUGGAUAUUUUGUUUUAGGGUGGUUGACUCUUAGCCUGGAGGUCGAUGAUGGAUGGGUGGGUUGGUGUGGGUGCUGGAUGGAUGGAUGGAUGGAUGCCUUUAUACCAACUCUUAUUUAUAUGGGGAUGGGUGGGGGUGUUGGGCGCGGGCGCUGCGUUUCUUUUGGCUGGCUGUGAGCAUUGGGCUGUGCUUGUUUUGGGGUUUGGGUCUGCGUUGGUUGGUCUCAAACGGUUCUUGGUGUUUUGGGUUUUUACUUUUACUGUGGGAAUUGCUGUUCUUGCUCUGGGUUGAGAUGGAAUGCUAUACCACACCUUACCUUACUCUAUUGACAAUCGCCAUAUUGAUAUUCAAACAUCAA